AUGCAUCAAAGAGAGCUGCUUGUCCCUGGCUUCUCCGACAGAGCAUCCACCGUGACGGGCUCCAGCCAAGGAGCAGGACAGCCCAGCUGCAAGGGCUGCUGGAUGGAGCGCAUUGUAGCCCUUGCCUCCAACGAGAGGGGAGGCCAGCUGCGGCGUUCGCAAGCCCGCGGCAGCUCCCAGCUCGGAGCCGGCCUUUGUGCUGGUGCCGAGUCCUUCUGCGUUCAGCACGAGACACAGAGAGCAACACCCAAAGUGGUGCCUGACACCUCCCUGGGCAGCAUUCACCCCACCUACAUCUACAAGGUGGUCCUCCUGGGGAGGAUGUCGGUGGGGAAGUCGAGCCUUACCUAUUGCUACAUGAAAAAUGGCUUCAAGGAAUCGCUGCCCACCAUGGGAUGUUCAUUCCUCACCCAGACGCUCUGCCUAGAGGCCACCACCAUCAAGUUUGAGAUCUUGGACACGGUGGGCCAGGAGAAGUACCACAGCGUCUGCCACCUCUACUAUUGGGGCGCUCGUGCCGCCCUCCUCGUGUACAACAUCUCUAGGAAGGAAACACUGGCUGGGGCCAAGCUGGAGGAGGAGUUCCUCCCUGACGAGAUCACGAGAGCCUUGGUGGACAACAAGAUGGAUCUCGUGGCAGAGUGAGAUGCCACAACGGAGGACCCUGAGUCACCACCAAUGGCCACCAUGUUGAACGGCUGA